CUCCCUAGAUUACAGCCAGAGGAAUGUGUGGGCAGAUAUGUCCAUGGGUGUGAUAUAAGAAUGCAUGUUAUGUAACAGGCUGGCUUGGCAGUCCAUUAAACCAGCAUUAGAGUACUACUACCAGACGAAUGAGGAAGUUAGAUUGCGUUCAUGCAAUUAUAUCAGAAAAGCUUAGGCUCCCUUUUUAGUUUCCACAAUGUAAAAACCAAAUGAAAAUAAACUAAGUUUAUCAGAUCAUGGCAAUUAUCUGCACUUUGAAGGUAUUUACACUGGGCUGAAAUGAGAUAAUGGGUGUUUCUGUAUCUCCCAAAACAGAUACAGUUAUUCUUAAAUUAAGAGAGAGGUGAAUGUAUCACUUGACCUAAGAUGAUGAGUAUUAGGAAUGGCCAAUUGGUGAUUUGUGUCGCUGGGUGGGAGCUGAAUGUGAUCAUGACAUGGGCGUGGGACCCUCGGAACACCGGUCGGAAAGUCAAGAUCUCACUCCAGUCGUAGAACCUGGGACAUAUUCCCCACCCCACCCCAUAUGCAACAAACUCACUUAUCAGAGAAUCCCCUCCCAGACGACACCCCCACUACACAGACCCCCUUCCCCAAAUACCACAGCUGCCCCCUUACUCACACAUCACAGUCAGUGUGGAGGGCAGGCUGAUAAAACAGGAGGGGGACAGGACCUAUGUCAGAGGAAGGAAAGACUGAGUCAGGAAAAGAGAGAGAGAGAGAAAGAAAGUGCGGGAAGAGAAACAAGGUCUCACUCAGUGGCGUUUGUGAGCGCAUGUAGUAAGGAGUAACACAACUCACGUCUGCUCCACCUGAAUCAGAGGGGAAAAAAUAUCGAAGAACAUCUGCCGCUCCAAAAGAAGAGGCAGGAACGCGUCCAAAAGGAACUACCUACGGAAUAGAAGCACAGAGGGUACUGACUGGACAAAUAACCACGUAAGAUCUUCAACAAAAAGGACCUUUUAUAUCACCUCACAGGCUUGGUAAAAGGAGCUGAAGAAGUUGUCAUCAAACAAACUUUCCCUCCAAGUGUCGAAGGUGAGAAGUGAAGUAAAGUGAACAACGGAGAAAAAAAAGGCACCAGUGAGUCCAUCGUCACGUUUUUGGGGGAGAAAAAAUGAGUCUGUCUCGAAACGGGACUCUGGAUAAGUCGUUGUCCCAGAUGGGGAACUCGGACCUCGGGGAGCACACCCGCCUCCACCACACCAACUCUGUCUCGUCAAGCAUGGCACCGGCGUUGGCGACCAGCGCGGGGUCAGGCACCGUAGUGGUGCCGCCUCCCUACUCGUUGGCGGGCAGCGGAGCCGGCGGAGGCACCGGUGAGGUUCCGCUGGAGCUGCGGAGCUCACUGGACUGCUGGGCGUGUUCGGUGCUGGUGUCGGCGCAGAACCUGAUCAUUGCCACCAUCAACGGCGGCCUGGCCAGCAUCGUGUUUGGCCUCAUCCUCCUGCCCGCCCUCGUCAUGCUGGUGUUUGGCUUCCUGUGCCAUUCCUCGGUGCAGCCCCACGGGACGUCUGUGUACUGCUCGGACCUGCUGAACGACGAGGGCUGCGUCGCGCUGCUGGUGGUGGGCUUCCUGCUGCUCACGCCGCUCCUGGUGCUGGCUCUGGCUGCCUACUGCCGUCUUGCCCGCCACCUGCAGCUGGGCCUCUGCUUCAUCCCCUACAGCCGCGCCGUCUACAAAAACAUGCCCGCCUCACACCACCGCGGCCUGAGCUGCUGCGGCCAGCAGGGGGGCGAGAGGGAGGGGAAAGGGAGCGUGUGGGUUUGAGUCACAGGGAGGUUGGAUGAUGAGAGGAUGCGGGCUGAGCCGAGCCGAGCUGAGCCGAUACACAGGUUGAGUUUGAGGUUUUCCGUUCGGUCAGUUAUGUCACUCGAGAUGAGUUGGUGUAGUGACCGGUGAUGUGUAUAUAUUAUUCAUCCAAUGGGCUGACUGGACUGAUAGGGUAGUGAACUUUAACUUGCAUCGGACAGGAGGCAUUCAGGGAUAGCAGGAUGCAUGCAGAUAGACAGAACAGAUACAAAUGUAAAAGAGAGAUAAAAAUUUAAAAAAAGAGUAAAAGUCAUAUAACACACUGAAUUAUCUAUGUUCACUGUAUUAUCUUCGUCUACAGUAUUUUUUUUUCAUGUAUAUUUUCAUACUUUGUAGAUACAAAUGUUUCUUCUCUGCUAAUCUCUGAAUAAACUGAUUUUUGUAUCUGCCUGAAA